GGUGGUGAAGCCUCGUUGCCCCUGUAAUAAAUCCCCAGGCGCGAACUGCUCGGCACAAUGAGCUGUUCCUCCUGCCUCGCACACGCACCUGCUGCUCUCUCACCGCUUGCUGCUCAUCUGUGCCUACCAUCGUGCAGCUGUGAGAGCAUCAUGGUGGCUUUUAAAGGCAUUUGGACGAAGCCCUUCUGGCGUGCUGUUUCUGGUGAAUUCUUAGCCACGCUGAUCUUUGUUCUUCUGAGCCUGGGCUCCACCAUCAACUGGGCGUCAGGUACAGAAAACCCACCUCCUGCGGAUCUGGUGCUCAUCUCCCUGUGUUUCGGCCUGAGCAUCGCCACCAUGGUGCAGUGCUUCAGUCACAUCAGCGGAGGCCACAUCAACCCAGCUGUCACCGCUGCCAUGGUGGUCACCCAGAAGUUGAGUCUUGCUAAAGGCCUGUUCUACAUAGCCGCUCAAUGUCUGGGAGCCAUCGUAGGGGCAGGAGUUCUGUUCCUGGUGACUCCAAGCGCUGUUAGAGGCGGGCUGGGCAUCACGGCGGUUAAUCCCCGUAUCUCAGUGGGCCACGCUCUGGUUGUGGAGCUUCUGAUCACAUUUGAGCUGAUCUUCACUAUCUUUGCCACCUGUGACCCCAAACGCAGCGACCUCAAAGGAUCAGCUGGCCUUGCAAUCGGCAUUGCUGUAGUCAUCGGGCAUCUGUUUGCGAUCCCUUACACUGGAGCCAGCAUGAAUCCAGCUCGCUCUUUUGGACCUGCAGUUGUCACAUGGAGCUGGGAGAGCCACUGGGUGUAUUGGGUGGGGCCCAUUUUGGGUGGGAUCCUGGCAGCUGCACUAUACCAGUACCUGUAUUGCCCAGACCCUGAGCUUAAGAGACGCUGCAAGGAAAUGUUCAUCAAAGAUGCUUCUGGAAAGUACAAAGAGGUGGAGUGCCCCAGCAACCAUCACAUUGGAGAAGCAGACGACAUUGUGAUCAAGCCUGGUUCCUCCUCUGAUACUGAGAAAGAUGAAAAGAAAGAAUCUUUCCAGGAUUCGUCUGGGGACGGCCUGUCCUCCGUAUGACUUCUGCGCAAACUGGAGACGGAGACAAAUGUUUAAGGCCUUCACAACAGGCCUUCACCAUCAGUAGCCCAAGCCUGCUGCAAGGGAAGGAUUACUUUCCCAGAAGUGUAUAUGAAUAUGGAAAAUAUGGAAAAUGCUAAUGUGGUUAACAACGGAGAAGAUUGGUUAGCAUGCUAGCAUGCUGAAAUGGUCUUACUAGCUUUCUAUUCAUAAUUAGCCGCAUUAGCACUUUUCAGGAAAGUUUUCUUGUAAGGCCCAAACCUCCAGCCUCGUCUCAGGGAGAAGAGUUUCUUUCAGGGCAUCCAAAAAAGUGUAUUUCAGCUGAUGGAUGCGCUCUCUGUUUUAUGUUCACCACAGCCAUAUCCGAAUGGAAUUACUCCUUUCGCUUGACUUCCUUUUACAUGAACAAAUGCACAGCCGAAGCCAUUCUCACAUUUGUCGUCCAGUGAUGUGAAAAACUAUGUGAAAUGAAGAUCAACGAACAACCCAGGCAGCCACCAUUACCCUGACAUAAAUGGAUUAGUGUCCUGUGUUAUAUAUGAAGAUGUUAUG